AACCUCCUCACUGAUUCAAGUCCCGCUGAAAAGGGACUGAUGUGAUCACGUGGAACCCUUCACACUUCCUCACACUAGUGCAUGACGUAAGAUUCCGAUGAUGUGUGAUUUCAUUACCUGAGCUGCAAAUUAACACCGCACCACAGAUUUAUGGUGGUUGCGUCCCCUCCGUGCGCCGAGCGUCCUGCGUCCUCGGCGCUGAUUGGUCGGUUGGGUAGGUGCUCCACAGCGCCGCACCACCCCGGGAUCCUCUGGCGCAGAGAGAAAACGCAGCUUGGCCGACAGUGAGCACCUAGCCGGGCUGGGAGGGCAGAUGAUGUGAUGUGAUCCAAUACGGGCGGCCGGCUGCAGCUACGGGGCGGACUGGCACUUAAAAGCGGCCGUGGAACUCGGCCCUGCUCACUACCGUGUGUGUCGUCGUGGAGGCGCAGAACCCCGGAGGCUGACCAAAGAGCGCCCUAUCACACCAGAGUAUUUCCUGUCCACCAUGAUGUCUGUACAAACUCCUCCUCUUUCACGCUCUGGCUCCUCCCCCUCCAAUGUGGGUUUGACCAGUCGCAGCGGACCUUCGGCCACUCCUCCCUCCUCUCUCACUCUUCGUUCAUCAUACAACCAGCUGCUUGGGCGAGAUGUCAUCAAGGAGUCCAUGGAAACCGGAAGUUCAGCCACCUUGCCAAAGAGCCGUCAGAGGUACGCAAUGACCAGUGUGCGGAGCGCCAUGGGAAUUAGUGACAACCUGGCUCUGUCAUCCAAAAACCAACCUGUAACUCGGGGGAGGGGUCUCCCCACCAAGUCCUCCUCCAGUUCUGCCCUCUACUCCUCCUCUUCCUCCUCGUCACUGUUUAAUGCAACCAACCCCAAAUUAGCCAAGAAUGGGGCCAACAUGCAGAGACGAGCAGAGAGUCAGCAGCUGGAGCUGAGCAGAGCCAAUACAGAGGGCAAAAUUCACAAUGAUUUCAUCAAUAACACCAGUUUUGACUGGCCAGAAUUGGGAAAAGACAACUCACAGCUGCCCCCGCUCCGUAGAAGGACCAAGAGCUUCUUAGAGUACCACGAGAAGGCCUGGGAUUUGGACCUCAGUUUGGGAAACAAAGAAGAGGACAGAAAGGAGAAGAAGCAGCAGCCUUCUCCAGAGAAGGAGCAGGCCAGCCCUGCCAAGGAGAGGGAGACCCAGAAAGAGGAGAAGCCCAGCAGCAAGCAGACCGGCCAGGAAGAAAAGGAGGAGGUGGAGCCAGUGGUGGAGGAAGAGGAAGAGGAAGAUGAACCCACACCAACACCAAGACAGCCCCUGUUACCGGUGGUGAUGGAAGCCCCUCUUUCCUCCACCUCCUCCUCAUCUGCCAAUAGUCCAGAAUGGGUACCAGACAACCAGAAGCAAGCUCCCGCCGAGGUCAGAGAGGAGCUCUCUACCCAGGUUCAGGCUAGUCCACGCAGUCCUGCGAAGCCCCCUCGGAGCUCCCAGCCCCGGGUUAUCAAGGUGGAGUUGCACCCCAAUAAUGAGAACCAGUUCCUGCAACAAUACCCACCUUCGUCCCCCAAACAGUCCCGGGCUGCAGAAAGGAACACCCCUACCAGUAAUCGGGCGCCCCCUGCCCUGCCAGAUUGUGAACCAGACACUGGGCUCCCUAAAGUGGAUUUAAGAAUUGAUAUGACUCCUGACACUCCAUCAGAGGAUGAAGACUCCAGCUGGACCACCCUGUCCCAGGAGACACCCUCUCCUCAGACUCCACAGGAGACAGGUUUGGCAUCAGAUGUAUGGAGUGAGGGGGACCUUCCUCCUGGCUGGCGAGAGAUCUCAGACUCCUCAGAGGUCUAUUUCUGGCACGUCCCCACUGGCACCACGCAGUACCACCGACCUGUGGCCUCCGACAACCAACGCAUCUCUCCCAACGCAGAGCCAGACACUGAGCAUGACCAGCGCCAGGAAACACAGGAUUUCCUCAAGCCACCCAAUGAGCGCCCCAGCAGUCUGAUAUCUGACAGCUCGGUGGAGCCUGUCCCGUCACCCUCUGGCUCCUCCUCCUCCUCUUCCUCCUCCUCCACCCCCUCCAAUGAUGUCACCUCUUCUGGACCAAACCUCAGCGUCACCACCUGUACAGCCAACGAGCUGAAGGAUUAUCCAGUCUAUCCAGAUCCCAGUCUGAAGGCUUUUGAAGGGGCUACCCUCCGCUAUGCUUCACUUAAACUCAACCCCCCUGCCCAGCUAGAGACAGUGGACCUCAACAAUACCUUCUCUGAUCCAGAGGCAAUGUCAUUUCCAGUUCGAUCUCUGGGCUGGAUGGAGAUGGCAGAACAGGACCUGUGUGAGGGGAGGAGCAGUGUGGCCGUCCACCACUGCAUCAGACAGCUGUCCUACUGCAGGAGGGACAUACGAGACUCAGCCGGCGUCUGGGGAGAGGGUAAAGGGAUGCUGCUAGUGCUUCAGGAUCGCAUGUUGACCCUGGUUGACCCAGAUGACCGCAGCCUGCUCCACUCUCAGCCAAUCAGUAGCAUCCGUGUCUGGGGCGUUGGCCGAGACCACGACAGAGAAAGGGACUUUGCCUACGUGGCGAGAGACAAAAACACACGGGUGCUGAAGUGCCACGUGUUCCGAUGUGAUACUCCUGCCGCAGCCAUCGCCACAAGUCUCCACGAAAUCUGCUCCAAGAUUAUGGCUGAGAGGAAAAGUGCCAAGGCUGCAGCUGGCAGCUCCUCCCAGACCGGCUCCGAUGUACCCCUACAAGAGUUUCCCAUGCCAAAGACUGAGCUGGUGCAGAAGUUUCAUGUGCUGUAUCUGGGUAUGACGUCUGUGUCCCGCCCCAUAGGUAUGGAUGUCAUAAAUGGGGCUAUAGACAGCCUCCUUUCCUCCACAGGCAAAGAGGACUGGACUCCUGUCAUACUGAGUAUUGCUGACACGACUCUGGCUGUCAUCAAAGAAAAGGAAGAAGAAGAGAACGUGCUGGUGGAGUGUCGUGUACGUUUCUUGUCCUUUAUGGGCGUGGGACGGGAUGUGCACACAUUUGCCUUCAUCAUGGACACUGGGAACCAGCAUUUCCAGUGUCAUAUCUUCUGGUGUGAUCCCAACGCAGGCAGUGUGUCUGAGGCUGUGCAGGCAGCAUGUGUGCUGCGCUACCAGAAGUGUCUGGUGGCACGGCCGCCCUCUCAACGCGCUGGCACCUCCUCUUCACCCUCUCCGGAUUCAGUGACCCGCCGGGUGACCACCAGCGUGAAACGUGGCGUCCAGUCUCUCAUAGACACUCUCAAAACCAAGAAACAGCCGUCAGAACUCCCCCAGCAAUGACCGUCACCGGUGACCACAGCACCCCCUAGCCGCCACCAGGACACCACUCACACACUAUCGCCACGACAACACGUAAUCAGUACCAACCAUGAUAACCAAUGAUGUGUGUGUGUGUGUGUGUAUAUAUAUAUAUAUAUAUCUAUAUAUACAUAUAUAGAUAUAUAUUAUAUAUGAUAACAAACACCACUGCAGAUGAAGGAAAAAGAGGCAAUCAUCCAGUAUGCCUGAUGGUUAGAAAAAAAAAAAAAAAAAAAAGCAAGCAAGAAAAAAAAACAAGAAGAAAAGUCAUCUGUUUCAUGAAGAGGAAUGGAAAAAGCUGGUGUCACUGGCUGAGCUUUGACCUUUGAACGCUGCUGUGUCCAAGUGGAAACCAAAUGCUGGCUUCACCAGCCCUUACUGUAUGCGUAUAUGUGGGCGAGAUGGAUAACGUGAUCAAGCGCUCUACAGACAGGAUACAGGAUAACCCAGAAGACAAAGAUCCAAUUUCUAUUAACCGAGGGGUUAUUCAAUUUUCUUUCAUGUUCUGUCUCCUUCUGUAAAACAGCCAUCAGCACAGGCAGAGCUCCAGGACUGGACACCUGAGACGCCAAGCUACAGAAGCUUCCAGGACAGAAAAGGUGUCGUCUUCCUGUCACAGAUUUUUGACAGGUGAAUACUAUAAGACAGACAUGACUUAGCGACACGCCACACCCCUCCCCAAAAAAAUGGCAUAAAUGUUUUCAUCUCAUCGAUGACAGAAUUGAAAAUGGCAAAACCUUAAUAUCUCCUUUGAUGAUGAAUGAAGUGAUUGUAAUAAUGAAAUGUAUGUAAAUGAUUGUAGGUAGGAAGAGAGAAUUUAGGGCACAAGAUUUGUAUAUAUGAGGGAGAAAUGAGGUGUUGGUGACAGAAAACGAGAGAAUUAAGGUUUUCAUUUUGCAUGUUUUAUUGACGGGCUAAGUUUUAUGUUGAUGAGAUAUUAAGUGUCUUAGCAAGAAGAACUUGGUGAACUUGCAAGAAACAGACACUCUCAGCACAAGUCAUCUCCACCUGACCAUGACUGGAUUUACACUGGCACAAAAAUCUGGCCUCUAACCUACACCUGACUAAAAGGCUAAUCUCUGCUCCAUUUCCAGAAUCACAAUUUAGGAUGGUGAGUCAACAGUUUUUACUUUCCAUUCCUUGAUGGAUGAGUAGCUCAGCGAAGGAAGGGUUUUUAAUGUAUUUUUAAGCUUUAAAUUAGUUGUGGGUUUUUGUUUUGUUUUUUUUUGUUGUUGUUGUUGUUUUGCAUACAUUACAAAAAAAAACUAAGUAUCAAAGCUCAAGAAUGUUACAUUACUUAUGUUCAGAUUUUUACAAUUUCCUCAGGAAUCUUAACGCAUACACCCAAGAUUUAUGUGGUAGCAAAAAAGAAAUAUUCAAGAGGCUUUUACUUUGGCAGAUGUGAAGCGCUUGCAGCUAUAUGAACAGUGGUACUCAACAGUGUUUUGCCCUGCUUGGACAGCAUAGAAAAGAUCAAAUCUGUGUCAGUCAGUAAGGGUUAACUACAGUGUCUUUUUCUCAGUAAAUCCAACCAGUCUACUCACACUCACAAACAUAAGACACACACACACACACACACACACACACACACACAUACGCACAUUCAGCAGUUGUCAGCUGCUCCUAUGGCUUGGGCCACCACCUGCACUCAACAUGAUCUCUGUGAAUGCAAGGAUCUUAAUGAAACACACACACUGACACAAAUGUAAAAAAAAAAAAAGAAAAACAAACAAACAACUGUAAAUCAUUUCAGUUCUGUUCUUCACUCAUCUCGACACCAUGAUGUAAAUGUAAUCUGUUGUGAAAAUAAACGCAUUACCAAAAGAA